AUGAGAAGAUGGAUCACCGCUCUAUUCUUGCUAUUACGAUUUGCCUUGAUUGGUGCUCAGCUUUGUAAUCCGUUGGCCGGUCUGUUCAAUCUCAAUUUGUUUGGUGGUGGUGGCGGUGGAUGUGGGGGAUGUUGUCCUCCUCCAAUGCCACCCCCAAAUCCGUGUUGUUCAUCUCCAUGUGCCGCACCAGUCUCGGGAUGCGGUGGUGGAUAUCCGAGUGUUUCUUCAUAUCCAUCAUUCUCUCCUCCUUACCCACUACCGGCUUCAAAUUAUGCACCUCCACCACCUCCACCACCUCCGCCGCAAUAUUCAGCCUCACAACAGGUGCCACCAUCGCCUGGUUUUGGCUACGGUGGCUCUGUAGGUGCAGGUGGAUCGAUUCCCACUCAAUUCACCGGUCCCGUCCCGCCAGCUCCUAGCUACGGCCAAUUGCCACAACCACAGCCACAAGCUCAACAACAACCACAACAACUUCCACCAAUUCCACAAGUUCCACCAGCCGCCGGUCCAGCCACAAGUUACAUACUGCAACAGCCCCCACAAAACAACGCUGGGACUGGAGUUUUGAACGCAAAACAAACUCCGUCACAGACAGUUCCAUCCAUUCAAGUUGUGGCUCAACAGAAGGCAAGCAGCUAUGCAGAGGAGUCGGGUUCGGCCAAUCAAAAUGGAGAAGCCACCGAGUAUCAAAAUGAGCGAAAUCAGGAGAAAGAGGAGGAGUACGAUUUGGAGGAGGAACCCGCUCAACCCUACAAACCCCCAUCGAAGCCCGUCUCACCCCCAACCCGCCCCCUUCCUCCACCACCAUCCACCGACUAUCAAGAGGAAGAACAAGAUGAAGAACAUGAGGAACCAAACCAACAAGCUCAACCCAAUAAACCCGAUCAGCGAACCGAUUAUAAACAACCUGAACAGUCACCCCCUCCUACCCAACAAACUUCACCCGAUUAUGUGCUGAACUUCCCUAAGGCGGCCCCGAUCUCUACACCAUCUCCAAGACAACCAAACCCCUAUUCCCCACCGCCCAACCGGCCACCACUUCCGCAAGUAGCCCCUUCACCUCCUUACCAACCACCAGUCGAUACACAAAGCGAAGACGGUGCCGAGUACGAUGAUGAGCUCGAUCAAGCGCCUCAACCUGCUCAAAUCAGUCAUCCACAGAGUUCCUUUGUACCGCCGCCUCCACCUUCACCACCCAGACCGGCUCCUGUUCAACCACCACAAUCUAAACCUUUACCUUCACCAUCACAUCUUUCUAUCACACCCCAGAAACCAACGUACAAUAUGGACUAUUCUGAGGAAGUGAAUCAAGACUCAAAUGAAAAGGGAUCAAUCCCGUCAGCGCCCCAACCGUCUGGAUAUUCCCCGGUGGCCGCAUUGCCCGCUUUCCCAUCAACAAGCGAUCAAUUCAAGGCUCAAGUUGUGCCCGAGCAGGGGCAAGCUGUUGGCCCGGCAUCAGCUGGAUCUGGCCCUGAUGCAGACACUCAUUGGCAUAUUGAUUCAAAGGUGCCGAUCUCGAUCCCUCCACCACCGCCACCAAAGAAACCUGUUGUCCCGCCGACACCAAUUGAGAAUGACGUCGAUACUGAAUUUAGUAUUCCUGAUGAAGCCGGGAGGUUCCAUUUGUACGAGGAUCACAGUGCCGGCUCAUCCGGAUCUUCAUCAGCACAGUCGACUCAGCCAUCUACUUCUAAUGAGGCUCAGCCAUCUACUUCUCAUGAGACUCAGCCAGCGCCAUGGCAAGCCCCGCCAACCUUGCUGUCACCAGAGCCAAUCCACGUACCGAUGCCGCCUCCAAGCGGAAAUGAAGAUCAACAACCCGUCGAGGCAACCGCAUCAGAGGCAGAGCCGGAAAACUAUGUGGGCGACACGGAAUGGCAUGUUGAUCCAAAAGAACCAAUAACAAUCCCCCAAACACCAGCAAUUUCACAAAGAAAACCCAUUGUGCAAGAAAAAGUUACCGAUGAUGACGUCGAUACUGGAUUUGGUAUUCCUGACAAAGCGGGGAAUUUCCAUUUGUUUGAGGAUCAAAAAGAAGAGUCAUCUGGAGGAGCUGGAGGAGUUGGAGGAGCUGGAGGAGCUGGAGGAGUUGGAGGAGUUGGAGGAGUUGGAGGAGUUGGAGGAGUUGGCCAAUCACCUUCACAAUCACUUCCCGCUCAGCUAUCAGCAGUGCCUGAUGGUCUUGCGGCAAGUGGUUACAGUUCAUCGAGGAAACGUCGAAAUUAUCGAAUUCCGAAAAGAGCACAGCCUAAAAGAAGAAGAAGCUCGAAAAAGGCU